UCUCUCGAAAAUACUCAUUUAUAAGAAAUGAAACUUCUGGCGGUGUAUUUUAUUCCACACACUGCAUUAUUAAUUUUGUAGAAAAGUGUUCAAAUGUGGCCUUACACUUGUGAUUAUUGCCACUGUUGAAGAAAUGUUUACUUGAAUUAUAUUUGCAGCAACUAUUGUGUGAGAAAUCUGAUAUUUCUUCGGAUUUCAUAAGUAAUUUCCUUGUGUGGACAGGAACUGGAUGUCAGCAUUUUAAAGGACGUCAUAUACUGCUUAAUUCUUUGGUCAUUUUAAGAUUGUCGCUGUUUAUCAAAUACAAAGUAACAUAAUUAAUAUGUUUAUAUGUGUGAUGAAUCAAUUAUUGUUCUGUGCGUACUUUCAAAAUUUCAAAUAAUAUAUAUUUUUCAUCCGUGUUCUUACAAAUAUUUAGAGACUAUUUACAGAUUCGCUUCAUUAUUAAUUAGUGUAAAAUAACACAACUGACGACUUUAUGAGUGGCACGUUCAACUAACGAAUUUUUACCGUAGGUUCAAAAUUCGAAUUUCAAAUUACUGUUUACUUUGUGAGAUUUUACAGGUAAAAUAUGACAGAAGUUUCAUAUGCAUACAGAAAAUGUCACGUAAACACUUUAAAUACUAUUUUUAUUGCCUAAUUCUCUAAUAAUUCGAAGAAUAUGACUAAUUGACGUAAGAAAAUUAAGUAUAAAUAAAGAGAAACUUUAAGUGUGACACUUAUCACAAGAAGAGAAGAACGGCCCUGUUCAUGUCUUCAUGGUUAACAGCAUUGAAUGCAACGCACAUCCCAACUAUGACUAACGGAGAUCCAUCGACAAUGGAAGAUGAAGAGUCCGCAAACCGGAACAGCGGCUCCCCCGACUAUAUCCGUGAUAAGUACGACAUAUUCAACUCAGAAGCAAACCUGUUGCAUCCUCAUCUGCAAGAGAACACUGGACUCGUACCCCACACCCCACGCCUCCCUUCUCCGAAGGCGGUCUAUAACAGCAAUGGAGUAAUGAAAGCUGCUUUCGUCUGGUCGUCUCCGGCGGAACCGUCGCCACACCCCCCACACGUCCACCACCCCGGAGGGGGUGGCGUUCACCCUGGAGGACCCGGGGCAGUGGCGGUGUCAGCAGGUAGCAAGUCAACGGUGUCGAGAUUAGUAGCAGGAGAGUGGAAGCCUGAGAAAAGUGCGGACGAUGCCUAUUUAACGAUGCAAAAAAACUUAAAUAAAAGUAAGGCCGAAGAAGUGGGGAUAUGUGGAUGA